UAAUGCAUUUUGAAGGAGGAAGCCAUCGUGAUUCGUGAAGGCUCUUAGAAAUAACUUUUCCGUUUCUACCGACGGACGGACAGGAAGAGAAUUGCAGCAAUGGAAGCCGUAACAGGGCCAUGGAAGCAGCUUCUUCUGAACGCAUUGGAGUCGAACUCCCACCUUAGGCACUCUUCCUUCUUUCAACUUGCCACUGUGGGAUUGAAUGGGAGACCUUCGAAUCGCACUGUGGUUUUCAGAGGACUUGAAGAGAACACUGAUAAGAUCCAAAUCCACACUGAUUAUCGAACUCAUAAGAUUGAAGAGCUUAGGCAUUGCCCAUAUGCUGAGAUAUGCUGGUAUUUCACUGACUCUUGGGAGCAAUUCCGGGUCAAUGGAAAAAUUGAUAUCCUCGAUGAAUCAAAUCCCGAUCUCAACAAGGUCCAGCAAAGAGAAAAAUCUUGGUACGCCAGUUCUCUGAAAUCAAGACUGCAGUAUUUGGGGCCUAGUCCUGAUCUUCCCUGUCUAAGCGAACUGCCAGACCAGGAAUUCUUGGAUCAUUCUACAGGUCCAGUUGGUGCAUUCUGUCUGCUGGUUUUAGAUCCAGAUCAGGUUGAUUACUUGAAUCUGAAGAGCAACCAGAGAAUAAAAUUUACAUCUGGACUGAGUGUGAAUGGAGAAAAGUGCUGGACUUCACAGAGGAUCAAUCCAUAAUCUAUGCUUUGCGGAUGAUACAACUUGAAACACCCAGAUCUGUGCUUUAUCGAUCAUGUUAUCUUGUGGUGGUGGGAUGACAACUGAUGCAAGAUUAUGCUUGGUAGAAGCUGGCCAUGGGUGGCUUGAUGCGAUGCAACUACUGGAAACUAUAUAUUUUUAAGGUAUGCAUCAAUCCCUAUAAAUUUACUAACCUUUUGGAGUAGUGAUCCUAAAUCUUCAUUGUUAUCAAAUGGAAGUAUAGCAUGUGACCCUCAACCAUGGUUGGGUAGCACACCCACCCUUCUUCAUUUAGACUUUUGCCAAUAAAAGGAAAAACCAGGUUCUUUGUUUUUUCCUUGAGCUUCUGGCAUGGGGCAGAUAACUAGCUAAAAUAACUAUGUUAUAAUUAGCUAAAAGCUUAUAAGUCGUGCUAAUUGAAUAGGUCUAUUGCGCUUUUUGUACGCUUUAAAAUGAGUACUUUUCAUUUUCUUAAUACAAUUCCGAUGAAGUGCCUGCUUUGGACAGGUGCCUUGGAGUUAUUAGAUUCUUGCGACUCUACUUUUGAUAUCUUUAUAUAAAACCUGGAGUAUAUAAUACAUGACUUAUUCCCUAUGUGAUUUUUGCUGUUUUACUGGCACUAGUGGUUUCUAAUAAUUUCAGGUACUCCCUAGGUGGGUAUCCUGUUGUUCAAAUCGAGUCAUUGUACGAAGUUUUUCCAUUAUCAAAGUCUAUAAUGAAAAUUAGGUAGAGGGGAUGCAUGCGCCCUAUACAUUC